AUGCGAAUAAAUAGAUCCCUUCCGCCCACAUUCGAUCAGAGCUUUACUCACCAGUCCUCAUCACCUCAGUAUCACUCUCCCCACACCCCCUCAAAGACAUCUAUUGUCCCCAAGCACGUUCUCAACUCUUCGAAACUGUACCUAAGCCUCGUGGCCAAGAUGCCCGAAUCCAACUCCAGUCUGCAGAGCUGCCCCUUCUACCGUUGCACCUGGCGACAGAAAUGCCGCGGCCAUUCUCUAGAGGCUCACAUAUACCACAUGCAUAUGGAUGAGACGCCCCGUGGGGAACCCGCACACAACACCACCGAGCCCGACGCCGGCGUCAACAAUACCGGAUCGAUAAAAUUACGCCUCAAAACCAACGCCAAGAAGGUUCGCCUUACUCUUCGGGGUUAGGCAACUGUCCAUCCGCGGGCAACUCAUCCCACCAUCUCAGUCUUCGCACCGCCGCGCGACCCCCUCGGGACAGCAUCGCAAUCGACGUCGAAACAUGGCCGGGGUUUACAUCAUACGGAGGGAGUUCAGCAAACGAAAUGGGUAAAUGUGUUCUAAAGUAGGAUAAAAGGAAAGAAAGGGAUACGAGGAAUGGGAAAGGGGAGUUCCAGCUCAGGGGUGAAGAACACAACAAUGAAUGCAAUUCAGAUACGGACACGGGGCGAAUCCUUUGGCCGUUUCGAUUGUUGAAGCUCUUUUUUCACCACAUACUAGAAGUAGGACUAAACACGGCGUUUUU